AUGUCUGAUACUUUGGUUGGCAUAGAAUAUAACAGAGUGACAAACACUACUUCAACUGAUUUCCCAGGGCAUUCCUCGGGAGACGAUCAUGCCUGGGACAUUGAAAAGUUCAAAGACACUUUCGAAAUUGAUAUUUCGCAUUUAACUGAAAGAACUGCUAACUUCGAUUUAGUUCACAUAGACACCUCUGUCGCCAAUGCAUUUCGUAGAAUUAUGAUUUCUGAAGUCCCAUCAGUAGCUGCAGAAACUGUCUAUGUUUUCAACAAUACUUCGGUCAUUCAAGAUGAAGUAUUGGCCCAUAGAAUUGGGCUCAUCCCAUUAAAGGUUGACCCAGAUUCAUUAACUUGGAUUGAUCCAUCAUUAGAUGAGAAGGAUAGGUUUACCGAUGAAAACACUAUCGUCUUAUCUUUGGAUGUCAAGUGCACUAAAAACCCUCAUCCACCUUCUGGUUCAACUGAUCCAAAGGAAUUAUAUAACAAUGCUCAUGUCUAUGCUAGGGACUUAAAGUUUGAACCACAAGGAAGACAGAUUGAGCUUUUCAAGAAUAACCCAGUAGUUGCAUCCGAUCCAGAUAUCCUUUUAGCUAAGUUGAGACCAGGACAAGAAAUCUCGUUAAGAGCUCACUGUAUAUUGGGUGUUGGCAGCGACCAUGCUAAGUUUUCACCUGUCGCUACUGCUUCCUAUAGAUUAAUGCCAGUGAUAAAUAUUAUAGAACCCAUUAAGGGAAAGGAAUUGACUCAAAAGUUUCAAAAGUGUUUCCCACCGGGUGUUAUUGGUGUUAAAGAUGAUGAAGCUUACGUGAAAGAUUCAAGAAGGGAUACUGUUUCUAGAGAAGUCUUGAGGCAUCCAGAGUUUGACGGAAAAGUCAAGUUGGGAAGAAGAAGAGAUCACUUCAUAUUCAAUGUCGAAUCCACUGGAGCCAUGUCACCAGAGGAAAUCUUUUUCAAAUCAGUUAGAGUUUUAAGAAAUAAGGCUGAGUAUUUAAGAAACUGUCCAAUCAAUGAGUAA